AUGGUUUAUAACAGCUCAUCAAAAAACACUUCAGACUUUGUGUACGUUGGAGACGACAAAUCAAACUGUACUCUGUUCAUCCAGAAUGUAAAAUUUAAUUAUUCUGGAUUGUACAAAUUCAGAUUUAUAACUAAUGAUGAUGAAGGUAAAUGGACAGGAGAUCCUGGAGUAAAUCUUACAGUCUCAGAUUUAAAGGUGGAACUAAUCAGGCUCAGUGGAAACGGGACCCUUAAACCAGGGGACUCCUUAAAUCUGACAUGUCACGUGAACUGCACACACAGUUCCUCACAGAUUGUUUGGUCCAAGAACAACCAGAACCUGGACAGAUCAGGACCCGUUCUUCAGUUUCCCAAUCUAACCGUGGAGGAUUCUGGGAGUUAUACCUGCACGUGGAGCAGCAGCGUGGGCCUGGUAUCUGAUACGAUCAGCAUUCAGGUUGAGGGUCGGCCCAUCAGCUCAGGAACACCUCUCCAGUGGUUAACCUGGAUUAUUUUGGGGGUCACUGGAGGGAUUCUGAUUGUUGUAGUCGUGGUAGCUGUACAUUACAAUCGGAGGAGGAGGAAAAAAGCUUCAGAAGAAAAGAGUGGACCGAGUGAGGAGAAAACACAGGGUGAAGGAAAGACACACGGGGCGCAUCCAAAACGAGACCCUCAACCUGACCAGCCUGACCAGCCUGAUGAGGAAGUGAUAAACCAGAAUGAAGUGACGUACGCAAGUGUGCACAUCAAAAACAAGAAAGCAAACAAGAAGAGGAAGAAAAAAGAAGAAAAGAGAGAUGAAGAGGUGAACGAGGACGGAGUGAUGUACGCAUCUGUGUGUGUCCAAAAAAAGAAAACAACAAACCAGGGGAACGUUCAGGAUGAUCAGCAGGAUGAUUCUGUGAUCUACAGUGAUGUUAAGCUUCACUGAUCCACUAUUCCAGCUCAGAUACACACAGUGUGGAACUGUUCACUCAUUCAUCG